GGACUGUUACCUAUUUUCUAGAAGUUCACUCAUCAUUACAAGGUGAAGAGAAUGGCGGCUGUUUCGGUGUACCAAUACAGUAAGGACUUCAGAGUGACCGAUCAAGUCAGACAGGAGUUUGACCAACACGGAUACAUUGUUCUCAAAGGUGUACUGGACAAAGAGGAGGUGUCACUCGUAGAGAAGACUAUCGGAGGAUCUGAUGCCAUCACUAAACACAAGUUUGGGGAUUUCGUCGAUGGUGGAAGAAAGACUGAUACUGUGUUGUGGAAACACCCCGGAAAUGACGUGACUGGAAUGGUUUCUCGAAGUGAGAAAGUAGCCGGCAUAGCUGAACAGUUGCUUGGAGGAGAGGUUUAUCACUACCAUACAAAGUUGAUGCUAAAGGAAGGAGGUAGAGGAGCGAAGCAUGCAUGGCACCAAGACUACUCGUAUUGGUACUGGAACGGUUGUCUGUUCCCCGACAUGUUGACAGUUUUUAUCCCCUUGGAUGACUGUCGGAAGGAAAAUAGCUGUCUCCAGAUUCUUAGAGGCUCGCACAAAUGUGGCCGUAUUCAUCAUAAAACUGUGGGAGAACAGAAUGGGUGUGAUGUGGAGAGGAUUGAGGAACUCAAGGCAGUUUGUCCUCAUGUUUUCAUGGAAAUCGACGCCGGAGAUGCCGUCUUUUUCCAUUGUAACAUCAUACACAGCAGUAGUCAAAACGACAGCCAUAAAAGGAGGUGGGCUUUCCUCACGGCCUACAACAGAGCGACUAACAACCCUACCAAAGUACACCAUCACCCUCAGUAUACCCCGCUCGAGAAGGUUCCGAAUACUGCAAUCAAGGAGUGCAAGAACCUAACAGACAUGACUGGCAAGGAAUUUGUAGAUCCCGUUAUUGAAACUACAUACAAAUCCUUGUUUAAGGACGGAAACAGCACCCGAUGAUAGAUCGAUCGGUGUAAUGAGAUACCUCUCUGGUGUCGCAAUUAAACUGAUCACAGAACGGCAAUAGUACGGAGUGGAUGGACAAUAGUGCUACAUUUUUGAAAGUGUAGUACAGCGAAAGAUUUCUACUAAAAUCAAGAAUCCCUCACAGAAUAUAUUCAUGAUAACGCACUACUACUAUCACACCAUUGUGUACUAAGAUAAACAUGAUGUUUCAAUUACUUGACC